AAGGCUAUAAACAGGAGCUGCAGCAGGGUCCAGGUGUUAACACUGUACACCUGCAGGCUGAUGGUAACAUGGCUUUGUUGAAGUGCACGCUCGGUCUCCUGAUCCUCCUCGUGGUCUCCAACCGCUCCUGGGCUGAAGAGAAGGAGCUGUCUGUCUCUGAGCUCCUGUGGAGGGCCAACAAGGAUGUUGUGCACACGAAGGACGAGCCCUUCGUAAUGGACGACAUUGCUUAUGACAACGAAAAUGAGAGAAAUGCUGAUCAGUGCACCUCCCGUGGCUGUAUGUGGGGCAAAUCCAGUGAUGGAAACGUCUAUGUACCCUACGUCAUCGCCAAUCAUUACUCUUCUCGUGAGCGCUCCAUCAUUGAGCGUGGGCUGCAGUCCUUCCACUCUGUCUCCUGCAUUCGCUUCGUCCAGAGAUCCAACCAGAGGGACUACCUGAGCAUCCAGUCCAACAAUGGCUGUUACUCCUAUGUCGGUCGCCGUGGUUAUGCCCAGACCCUGUCCCUGGACCGUCAGGGUUGCCUCUACCACAGCACUGUCCAGCACGAGCUGCUCCAUGCCCUUGGCUUCAACCACGAGCAGUGUCGCUCUGACAGAGACCAGCACAUCAGAAUCCUGUGGGAGAACAUUCAGUCUGGUUGGGAGUACGCCUUCGAUAAGAUCAACACUCUGAACCUGAACACCCCCUACGACUACAACUCUGUCAUGCAGUACCACAGGUACGCCUUCUCUGGGAACAAUAAGCCCACCAUGGUGCCCAUCCCCAACGCUAAUGUUGAGUUUGGCACAGCCAAACAGAUGAGCCAGAAUGACAUUACCAGACUGAACCGGCUGUACAAAUGUUAAACAGCAAUGACCGUCCUGACAACAUGAACCCAAUUCAAACUAUAAUUAAUAUAAUUCUGUGGAUGUUUUCUGACUUUUUAGGACAUUGCAUUGACAAUAAACCUUGAUGUACAUGUUCACUGAA